AUGUUUAGAAUUUGAAAUUAUUUUACUUGUUCUAUCCAAUGUGAUCACCAAUAAUGCUGGUAAAAGUUUUCUUAUUGGAUGAAGGUACAUCAGGAACACCUUUAUGUACUUUUCGACGUGGUACGCAUGUUUUAGGAAGAGGUGCUUUGCUAAAGUGUCCUGACAAGAGAGUUUCAAGGAAUCACAUUGAACUAGAAAUUACCAGUGAUAAUGUCACUAUCACAUCAAAACAUCCAAUUAACCCAUGUUUUUAUUGCUCUGUGGUUGGACGUACCAUGACUAUUUUAAAAUUUGAUUCACCUGAGAAUUUGCAAUCUGGUGAUACAUUUGGAUUCUUCCCUGAUCAGUAUUGGUUUAAAGUAGAAUUAUGCACUGAUUCUUUAGAAGAUUCUGAUGAUAAACAAAUUGAGUCUGAUAAGACAACUGCAAAUUCUACUUGCGAGGAGCCUGAAGUAAAGGUGGAAGAAUCAACAGGUGAAAUUAAAAAUAAUACUUCUGAAGAGUCUGCUAUUAAAGUAGUUCCUUCCACAUCAAGAAUCAAAGAUGAAGAGCAAGAUAUUUCUACAGCCAAUAAAACAGAUCAAAAUUGUGUUACACAGAAGAAUGUAUUCAAUAUUAAUGAAGCUGAAACUGAUAAGGAGUCAGAUGGAGAGAGUACACAUAAUGAGGAAAUUAAUAAUGUUGCACAAUGUUCAAGUGUCAUUACAGAAAUUAAAAGAGAAAUUGCUAGUGAUGAUGAUAAUGAAGCUCAAAGUAAUAAUCAAUUAAUGGUGAAAGUGAAAACAGAAUAUUCAAGCAGUGAUGAUGACACAAAGGAAAACAUUUGCAAUUCUAAUAAAACGCAAAAACGAGACAGAUGCUGGUAUCCUAAUUGUUAUAGGAAGAAUCCAGAUCACAAGAAGAAAUUCAGCCAUCCAGGAGAUAGCGACUAUGAUACUGAUCCACUCGAUAGUCGUCCGUCGUGCAGUUACGGUUUAAACUGCUAUAGACGUAAUGCUAUGCACAGACAAGAUUUUAAACAUCCGAAAGGUGCUCAUGCCAAUAAAAUGGUUAGGCCACCAAAAAGACCGCUUCAAAACGUUGACGAAUCGUCGGAUGAGGAUGACGAUGGAAUUAAUGCUAGUAAUAUUACAACUACGAAAAGACCACGAACCAAAGUUGCACGUAAAGAUGAAUCUUCUGAAGACGAUUAUGACGUUGAUGAUCCAUUUAUUGAUAAUGGUUCUGAGGAUGAGUACAGUGAAGACCCAUCCGACCCAUCCAGCAGUGAUAAUGAGUAAAUCACAAUUUUAUGAUUACCAAUUUUGUUAAAAUUUAAUUAUUUUUAUACCUGA